AUGGUGCCCAUCCAGGCCUCCUCGCGGAUUUGCACCCGCACCUCGCUCCCGUCUCGAGCUCGAACUUCGACUCCUGCUGUGGUGUGAUCUGUCAACCCCUCAUGAGUCUGUGGAGUAAGCAGCGGACAGAUCUGGGGAAGAACUGAGGCUUGACAUUCGCCCGUUCUCGCCACAGCUGCUGCACGCCCAAUCCUGCCAACCGCCAACCUCUCGUUAUGCGACAGUGCCGGUACUCAGACCACCUCUGAAUUGUCCCAAGGUCCCCAUCAAGUGGAUCCCGCUCCGACCUCGUCUGUGUUGCGUCGAUAAUACGAGUAUUCGCGUAUCUAGCUUACAACGUGCUGAUAUGGAAGGCGACGUAAAGUCAUCAUCAGGCGGAGCGGUCCCCAGCCUGCGGUCUAUUGCAGAACGGAUACGUCACGGAUGCUGCGGCCGGCACAUCACCGCUUUUGGAGGCGGAGUCAGUGCAAACCGCGUCACGAAGGAUCAAAUGAUCGACUGUAGCUGAGGAGCAGAAAGAGAUCUUGGUGUACCCAAAAAGAUUUAAUUGGGUCGCAUGGGGUUGAUCCGUACUAGUGGUAAAGUCCCAGCUGUGAGCAAAAAUCUGGGGUAUGGAAGUGCAGUUGGACCACCUCCGCAUCACGACCCUGUUGCACAUUUCGCGGUCCCUGUUCCACGAUUCCAUACGUGACGGAGUAGCAGCGGGAGGACUGCUUCCGACGCUCAUGAGCCCUCCGAAUAUGGACUGGGUGAGUAAGGCGGACAUUGUGCAGUUUGGGUACGGCCUACAUCAAUGUUAUGUCAGGGCUGUGAGACGAUGUUUGCAAAUCCAUCUCAGUGUAUCCUACUCAUCCGGAUCAUCAUGUACGGCGAGCCAGAGAGGCUCGGCUACAUUCAGCUGGAGCACUGCAUGCAUACCUAUGUGGUGAAUAGGAUAUAAAAGCGUAAACCUUAGCGCGACUGCUCUCUCCUCUUCUCUUCAGGUAUCCCU